UGGCAAUGCAAGAAAGAGAAGCUUGGCUCAAUUUCUUGUUUUGUUUUAUCAAUUUCCCCUUAUUGGGGUAUGGAUUCCAAAGUGGUGAGGUGGGGUCCACCGGUGUCUGUCUGGUGGGUUUGGAGGCACUGCACACUCUUUCAUGCCCCAUCGCUGCCUCUUUUCUAGACCAAGCCGUGUUAGGACCACACCGUGACACCUCUUUAAGAACCCCUUCUAACACCAUUUCUAAACCAACUCUCUCACACAACACAACUUACAACUUCAUCAAACUUAACCUUAUUACAACCUCAAGAGAAGGAAAAUAACUGAAAGAAAUGAAGAUGGAAAGUUCUUCCAUGGCAGGAUCAAAGAGAAGGAUAUCAUCAAACAGAGGACUCGGAGGAGCCCUCAGAGAGCAAAGGGCCAGGCUAUACAUUAUAAGAAGAUGUGUUGUCAUGCUGCUUUGUUGGCAUGACUAGUUUUUCAAGCAUGCUUUUCUUUCCAUGGAAAUGGAAGAAUGCUUCUUUCAAUGUUUCAUUUCUUUUCUUCUUUUUCUUUCUCCUUUUGAUUCAUCAUGGUGGAGUGUAAAUAGAAUCGGCGAGAUAUCAUGGGAGAGAGUAUAACAAGUUUUGUACUAUGGGUCGCUGGCCUUCAUGGCUGGGCUAUAUGUGUAUAUCGGAAUAGCAUGGAUUAUAAUGAAAGCUAUGUCAACAAAUAAUGUGUCCUAAAUCCAUCUUACUCUAUAUAUGUUCUUUUCAUUGAUUAAUUAACUUGGAAUAGCCAUUAAAU